AUGAGUCGGCCGCCUUCACGGCAGAACGGGCCUCGUACAGCAGCGAGCAACGGAGGCCCAGGCAACCAGUUCCUCGCUGAUGGCCGAGGAGAUCAAAACGUUGCCAGCAGUGGAGGAAAUCUUCAUAACGAUCACCGUCAAUGGAAUACCUUCUAUGUUGAACGGGGUAUGCCGUCUAUGCGGCGUACGUUUGCGAACAUCGAUAACCACGAAACUGACGAUAAUGGCGUGUCUGCCAUUACCGAAUGGCUUGCACGUCAAGCAGAUUGCCGUUUGGCUGACUCCCGGAGCCGACAAGGCGAACUUCGUAACCAGACUACGCCGAACACAGGAGACUGGAUCCUAGAGACCAAAGAAGUCCAAAUAUGGCAGAAAGAGGAGGACGAGAACGGAUAUCUAUUGAUUUCAGGAAACUUGGGAUCCGGCAAGUCAAUACUACUGUCCAGGAUCAUACAAUCGACUGAGAGAAAAGUCCAAGAGAGCGCCGACAUGGCUUGCGUCUACUUCUAUUUCCAGGAGGGAGAUACUGACCAUAUUCCCGUAACAUCCUUGUGGGCAUCACUACUCCAGCAGCUCCUUCAACAAAGUGCACCUAACGUCAUUGCCAAAGGGUUACAAGAAGCAUAUGAUAUUUCUUUGCAAGGGAUCAAGUCUGCCCUUCCAUUCGAGUACUUCAAUCUCUUCAAAGCUCAAGCGUCAAGAUUUAAAGUGGUAUAUGUUAUCAUCGAUGCUUUAGACAACUGCAAAGACUAUGACGAUGGGAAAGUCCAACAAACAUUUCCUCAGACGCUCUUGCAGCUACCGCCGAGUAUUCGAGUACUGAUUAGCUCAAGACGCGAUUCCCUGGCACAGUAUCUAGGCUUCAAAAAAGUCUUACGGAUCAAACCACGUAAGGCAGAUAUCGAGACGUACGCUAAGACUCGAAUAAGGAAUAAUGAGCAUCUGUAUCGAUUACUCUCAAGGGAAGAAGACGAAAAGGAUGUCGUAGAUAAGAUAACAAAACAGACCAUUUCAAGCCAAAUGUUUCUACUAGCAAGAUUGCAUCUCGAUAAACUAGGCUCGAACAUUCUUCUCCCCGACCUGAGGAAAGACCUUGAACAACUCCCUGUUGACCUAGCUCAUAUCUUCGAGUCCUCGUUACGAACAAUUGCCAAAGAUUGCGAGUCACCAGAAAAUGGACUAGCUAAGCACGUCCUGACUUGUAUCAUUCAUGGCAAAGAAGCUCUAGCCGUCGAUCAAGUUUGUGAAGGAUUUGCCCUGACCAAAGACCGUGGCACAGCCUAUCAGGAUUGGUGUCCUGAAGGUGACAGGGUACUAUCUGUCUGCGCUGGCUUGGUCGUUCUGGACUCCGAUAAGAUGACUCUGCGCCUUGUGCACGAAUCAGCCCGCGAUUCCAUCUUCAAUCACGGAAUUAUCCCUAAAAGACCCGGAUCUGAGAUGGCCAAGAUUUGUCUCAUUUGUCUUCUGUCGGCUAAAGACAACAGUCCUUUACUAUCCUACUCAGCCACGCAGUGGACGUCGCAUCUCCGUGGGGUGGACUUAGCAAAGGACAAAGAGCUACGGGACCUGAUCAAAUCAUUUCUCGUCAGCGGUACCAUGCUAUUAAGGGCUUUUAAGAAACUGAGUGUCGCUAAAGAUGUAGCUCAUGGCAUGACUGGCUUGCAUGCAGUCGCCUAUCUUGAUCUGCCGAUCUGGGUCGAGCCACUGGUCAAGUAUGGUAUCAAAGUCGAUGCUCCAUGCGCUGAUGGUCAGACAGCCCUUCAUUGGGCGGUGACUUAUGGAAAGCGCCGUGUUGUACGACGUCUACUUCGCUUUCGUGCAGAUCCCAAUGUCAGAGACUCUUCGAAGGACACUCCGCUGCAUAAGUUCCUUUCAAGUCCGGCUUGUGAGGGGUUGGAUAUGGCCGAAACCCUCAUAAAGGCUGGUGCAAAGGUGUGCAUUGCAAACCUUAAAGGCGUCACACCGUUGUCGUCGGCUAUUCGCUAUGGACCAACCUCUGCUGCCAAGCUUUUCAUUCUUAGCCGUAAGGACAUUAACGAAGAGAUCGUGACAGGUUGGACGUCUUUGAGGGAGGUAUUCGACCAUGGCAGUGGAAGCAUACAGAAAUUGGGAGAGUUCGCCAAUAAUGAAGGGUCCUCGUUGUCAGUCAAGCAUGCAGUAAAAGACCAUCUGCAUUACUUGAUAGACACUCAUUUAGAACACAACGUCAUCUUGAACUGUCCCACGAAAUUGGGAUGGCUUGCGCUUUGCCACGCUGCUAAGAAUGGAAGCGUUACUAUCCUGAAGAAGUUACUCGAACACAAAUGGGACCCUGCUGACUGCAACAUCAAAGACCCAGAAUUGGGAAAGUCUCCCCUCCACUGGGCGCUGGAGUACGGCCACAAUAAGGCUGCUCGUCUGCUCGUGGAAGGUGGAGCGGAGAUUAAUGAGAAAAAUGUUGACGGUUGGAAGCCACUCAUUGAAGCCACAAAGGCAAGAAUGUACGACAUGGCCCACUUUCUGAUUUUGAGAGGGGCUGAUGUAAAUGCAACGGACAAUGAAGGCGUUUCAUCUUUGAUGCAUUCAGUCGAAAUGGGUGAUAAAGAUAUCACUUGGCUCUUAGUAGUCAAUGGGGCCAACGUGAACCUUCAAGACAAAGAUGGGACGCACGCUAUUGACAUCGCUAUUGCUAAGCGCGACAUGUCCUCUGCCUGGCUGCUAUGUGAGCAUGGUGCGAAUCUGAAGUCGAUCUCUAGCAAAGGGGAGACCCUUCUUCACCAAGUUGCCAAAGGCGGGCAUCAAGAAACCGCCACGUUUCUUCUGGACAGAGGCUUAAGCAUCAGUGGCAAAGACCACGAAGGACUCACGCCGUUACAUCAUGCAGUUAUUAGUGGCUCGGAUAGUAUGUUCAGUACGAUUAUUUCCAGGAGCAAGGAACCUAUGGAUACUCAAGACAGCAAAGGAAAGUCGCCACUCAUAUAUGCCGUGUCUAACGCCAGGUUAAGUAUAGUACGAAGCCUUCUGACUAAUGGUAGCUCCUGUGACCUUCGCGACGCAGACGGGACCACAGCGCUUCACUAUGCUGCAGCCGAAGGGUUCGCCGAAGGACUCUCAACGUUGGUAGAAUAUACUUACGACAUUGACAUGGCUGACGAUAUGGGUUUCACCGCUGUACAUCAUGCAGUGAGCAAUGACAAAAUCGAAGCUCUACUUGUCUUGAUAAAUGCGAAGGCUGACCUGGACAUUCUGGAUCGUCGAGGUUAUACGCCUUUGAUGUUGGCCGUGUACCUUGACAGACCCGAGACAACAAGGGUCCUGCUUGACCGAGGAGCCGAUAUCUACAAGAGGAACCCCCAGCAGAUGUCUGCAGUAGAUUUGGAAGCGAAGAAAAAAGGCGGGAAGACGCCGUCAAGAACUCAGCCCUAUAUUGCGCUAGCUCUGCGAAAUCAGCGCAGAUAA